GUUAUGUUUUGUGCCGUGAUUGUAGGUGCUACGCGGUGGUGGUGAGUCAAGACCGUCAAGACCUGUAAGCAGAACCAGCAGCGAACGGACUGAGUAGAAGACCGCAAGCGAGGAAGAUGGCCGGGUUCUUAGAUAACGUUCAGUGGCCUGCGUGUCUCGACCUGGGGGAGAAACGCAACACCGUUGCGUCCGUCGCCGCAGGAGUCUUGUUCUUCUCCGGCUGGUGGGUGAUAAUAGAUGCAGCGGUGCUGUACCCAUCUCAGGAGCAGCUCAACCACGCGUUUCACACCUGCGGCGUGUUCUCCACUAUAGCCUUCUUUAUGGUAAACGCUGUCUCUAAUGGUCAGGUGAGAGGGGACGUAUAUGGAGAAGGCUGCUUGGGUCGAACAGGGGCCCGCCUCUGGCUGUUCCUAGGCCUGAUGUUGAUGUUUGCGUCUCUGAUUGCUGCCACCUGGAUCCUGUUUGGAGCUUUCGUCGUUGUUCCCUCCAGACUGGUCUACCCUGGCCUGUCCAUCUUCUUCCAGAAUCUUUUAAUCUUUUUCAGUACACUCAUCUACAAGUUUGGUCGGACAGAGGAUCUGUGGGGAUAAACUGACAACAUUAAAAGUGUGUGUGAGCGCAUACACACACUCACCCACACACCCACCCACACAGACCCAUCCAUACACAUAUGUAUGCAUACACACACACAUGUAUUCACACACACUCACACUCUCACUCUCACACACACACACACACAUGUAUUCACACACACACACACACGUAUGCAGCAGAGUCGUCUAUAAAGAGAGUUUGACCAACUAGGGAAACAAAUGGUCUGAGCCAUCCCUUUCUGCGAUUUGUUCAAAUGGUCUGAGCCAUCCCUUUAUGCGAUUGGUUCAAAUGGUCUGAGCCAUCCCUUUAUGCGAUUGGUUCAAAUGGUCUGAGCCAUCCCUUUCUGCGAUUGGUUCAAAUGGUCUGAGCCAUCCCUUUAUGCGAUUGUUUCCGAGGUGGUCACAUGGUUAGUGGACGCCAUGUUAGAUAUCAGCAUUCUUCAGAUCCCCGUUGACAUAGUGCAGGGAAUAGUGAAAAAACAGUGAGCAGGAGCACUAGUGUGAGAGCAGGGGCACUAGUGUGAGAGUAGGAGCACUAGUGUGAGAGUAGGAGCGGGCACUAGUGUGAGAGUAGGAGCACUAGUGUGAGAGUAGCAGCACUAGUGUGAGAGCAGGAGCACUAGUGUGAGAGUAGGAGCACUAGUGUGAGUAGGGAGGGGCACUAGUGUGAGUAGGAGCACUAGUGUGAGAGCAGGAGCACUAGUGUGAGAGUAGGAGCGGGCACUAGUGUGAGAGUAGGAGCGGGCACUAGUGUGAGAGUAGGAGCACUAGUGUGAGAGCAGGAGCACUAGUGUGAGAGCAGGAGCACUAGUGUGAGAGUAGCAGCACUAGUGUGAGAGUAGCAGCACUAGUGUGAGAGCAGGAGCACUAGUGUGAGAGUAGGGGCACUAGUGUGAGAGCAGGAGCGGGCACUAGUGUGAGAGUAGCAGCACUAGUGUGAGAGUAGGAGCGGGCACUAGUGUGAGAGUAGAGCACUAGUGUGAGAGCAGGAGCACUAGUGUGAGAGUAGGAGCACUAGUGUGAGAGUAGCAGCACUAGUGUGAGAGCAGGAGCACUAGUGUGAGAGUAGGGGCACUAGUGUGAGAGCAGGAGCGGGCACUAGUGUGAGAGUAGGAGCACUAGUGUGAGAGUAGCAGCACUAGUGUGAGAGUAGCAGCACUAGUGUGAGAGUAGGAGCGGGCACUAGUGUGAGAGUAGGAGCACUAGUGUGAGAGCAGGAGCACUAGUGUGAGAGCAGGAGCACUAGUGUGAGAGUAGGGGCACUAGUGUGAGAGCAGGAGCGGGCACUAGUGUGAGAGUAGGAGCACUAGUGUGAGAGUAGCAGCACUAGUGUGAGAGUAGCAGCACUAGUGUGAGAGUAGGAGCGGGCACUAGUGUGAGAGUAGGAGCACUAGUGUGAGAGCAGGAGCGGGCACUAGUGUGAGAGUAGGAGCACUAGUGUGAGAGCAGGAGC